GCACAAUUAUUUUUCAUUUUCUUUCUCUCAUAAAUCAACAUCGUCUCUCUGUCUUAUCUCUCUCUCUCCUCCCUUUCUCUCUCUAAAACUCCCAACCCAACCCAAACCCUCGAUCUAUCUCCUCCACCGCUCACCUCCGUUUAAUUCAAGAUCUACCCAUUCAAUCCCCCACCGUCCUUAACAAAACCCAGAUCUCACUUUUUCGAAAGUUUCGUUUAAUUUCAAGAAUGGCGUCGUCUUUCCGAUUAGAUCUAACCGCAAGAAUCUACCCAGAACCGGAAUUUUCCUCGAUUGUCGACCAUUUUGACCGGCUACCCGACUCGCUUCUCCUUCUGGUGUUCAACAAAAUCGGAGAUGUCAAAGCUUUGGGCCGAUGCUGUGUCGUUUCACGGCGUUUUCACUCUCUGGUUCCCCAAGUUGACAACGUUGUUGUCCGUGUUGACUGUGUGAUUUCUGAUGAUGACACGUCUCCUUCUUCUUCGUCUGAGAAGUCUCGAACCGGAGGAUCGGGUUCGGCUUCCGGGUUUUCGUCGAUUUUUCGGAUGGUUUUUGGGGGUAUUGUGAAACCCUUUCAAGCUCUAGGUCAGCUGCUCGGACCCAGUAGACGAGACAAUAUGUUAAAUCCUUACACGAACUUGUCUUCAAGAAAUGGGCUCCUGUCUAACUCUGCUGCUCUGUCUGUUGCUAAUAGUAGUAAUAAUAAUGAAGAUGAUAAUGGAGGUCAUGGAGAGAUCGAUCAGGGUGGUGUUACUCAUCAUUCACCAACUCAGGUUUUGAAGAAUUUUAUCGAAAUUCGGUUUUUACGGAUCGAAUUGCCCAGUGGCGAAUUAGGUAUUGAUGAUGGUGUGCUGUUGAAAUGGAGGGCUGAUUUUGGAUCUACUCUUGACAAUUGUGUGAUUCUUGGUGCUGCUUCUGUGAUUAUCAACAAUUCCCAAGUGAAAAGUUCAUCUCUGUCGCAAGAAACCGCACCUGAUAAUGGUAGCGGCAACGGUAAUGGUAAUGUUAACACCACCAUUGCCAACAGUGUUGGCAAUGGUGAUGAUAAUGGUAGCAUACCCGAGUCGUUUUACACGAACGGGGGCUUGAAAUUGAGAGUUGUGUGGACUAUAAGCUCGUUAAUCGCGGCUUCUGCUAGGCAUUAUUUGCUCCAGCCGAUUAUCGCUGAGCAUAAGACGCUGGAUAGCUUGGUGUUAACUGAUGCUGAUGGGCAAGGAGUGUUGUGUAUGAACAGGGAACAGCUUGAGGAGUUGAGAGUUAAGCCAUUAUCGGCUUCUUCUGCGUCAAAGAGAACGCUUGUUCCCGCGUUGAAUAUGCGGCUUUGGUAUGCUCCUCAGCUGGAAUUGCCCAAUGGGAUUGUGUUAAAAGGUGCAACGUUGGUUGCGAUUAGACCUAGUGAGCAGUCUGCCUCUAAGAAAGAGAUUUGUGAUGCUUCUUGGGUUUCUACUGCUUUUGAGGAGCCUUAUGGUACUGCUGCUAAGAUGCUUGUUAAGAGAAGGACUUACUGCUUGGAGAUGAACUCGUUUUGAUUUCAGCAUUGGAGCUGAGGGUAAUCCCAAUUGGUUUUGGGAGAAGGUGAAUGUGCAAGUUCUUUCGGGAUGAAAAGUCAGAAACAAAUUUUGCUUUUACAACUCGACCCGAAGUGGGUUUAAAUACCAGGAAGCUGCUGAAUUGCUUUGCCGCUAAGAAACCCACCACCGUUGGUCGAUUACGCAAUGCAAGUAGUCAAAGUUGUGUGCUUAAACUGAUCAUUAAAAUGCAUCUGCUGCUUGUUUUUAUAGAAGGCAUAUGCUUGUAAGAGAGGGGUUGCAGUCAUGAAACUAGAUAAUGUUGUAAGAGCUUCAAGCUUGUAGCCAUUUUCUUAAAUAUCUAUAAUCUCUGUAUGUUAAAAAAAAGUGUAGGUAUGAAUAUGUUGUGCUUAUAUUACACUUUUGAACUACAUUGAGUAAUGUAGUUUUUAUUUAACCCCAA